AUGGGGUUUGAAAAACUUGGGAGCUUUGGGUGCUAUAAAUUUAAGCAUGAGAGCCACAGUGAAGGGAGGACAAAAAAAAAAGGUUCAAUGUCUAAUCCUCUUGUGUUAGGUAGCUCCCUGCCAGUGCCCAAUGUUCAGGAGCUCGCUCGUUCGGAUCAGAUUCCAGAGAGAUACUUCAAGCCUGAUGUUGAUGCCGCAUCGAUGGCCUCCAUCGAUGACGAUGAGCUCCCUGUGAUUGAUCUAAUGAAGCUUCUCGAUCCAGAGCUCAUUGAUAGGGAGGAGCUUUUAAGGUUAGGAUCAGCAUGCAAAGAGUGGGGCUUCUUCCAGCUAAUAAAUCAUGGAAUUCCAGAAGAAGUGAUAGAGAAAACAAAGGAUGAUAUUAGCAAGUUCUUCAAGCUUCCACUCAAAGAAAAAGAAGAGAUUAAACAAAUACCUGGACAUAUUGAAGGUUAUGGUCAAAUGUUUGUGCACUCAGAAGAACAAAAAUUAGAUUGGGCAGACAUUCUCAUUCUCGCCAUCCAACCUCCUCAAAAUAGGAACAUGAGAUUUUGGCCUACUAAUCCCUCUACAUUCAGGGAUACACUCGAAACAUACACAUCGAAGGUUGCCAGAGUUGUUGAUUGUCUUUAUGGAUUGAUGGCUAAGGAUUUGGGGGUUGAUACUCAAGACAUGCUUAAUAUUUCUCGUGACCAGCUACAAACUGUAAGGAUAAAUUACUAUCCACCGUGCAAACAAGCCAAUAAGGUGUUAGGUCUCUCCCCUCAUAGUGAUGCAAAUGCAUUAACCGUGCUCCUGCAAGCAAAUGAUGUCCAGGGUUUGCAGAUAAGGAAAAAUGGCAAGUGGUUCCUCAUAAAACCAAAGCCAGGAGCAUUCAUCAUCAACAUUGGUGAUAUGAUGGAGAUAUUGACUAAUGGAAGGUAUAAGAGCAUAGAGCACAGGGCUAUUAUAAACAUGGAGGAGGAGCGACUAUCAAUAGCUGCAUUUCAUUCACCCAGUCUUGACGUUGUAUUACGUCCUUUUUCCGAGCUUAUUGAUAGUGAUGGGGAACUUUAUAAAACGUUAACCGUCAAAGAAUAUACAAGCGAAUACUUUGCAGGAAAACUGAAUGGAAAGAAUGCAUUGGAGAGCGUGAAGCUAAGAAAAUGACUGCGAAAAUACCUACAAUAAAUCUGUGUGAUAACAAUAUUGCAUAUGAUAUGUUAUUAUAUUUUGUAAUGUUCAAUAAUGGCUGUUUUAUGUAAAACAGAAAUGUUGCUUGACAAUUAUAUGAGGUUAUGUAUGCCGAUCGAGUACUUUGCUUUACAGUAGAAA